AUUUAGGAAUAUAACUACCCAGUGUUUUCUAUCUGGCCUUAAUACCGCGGUAGUUGCUCGUAAUAUGUAAAAUAUUCUGGUAGGUGACUCAUUUAUCAUGUUAUAUUGAUCUUAUUCACGAAGUGCAUGGAUUUUUCAAGUUAAAGCGUCAUACAGGAAUCAUGAUCUAAGUUUGAAUUUGACACAAUGAGCACCGUGCAUCACGCGGACGAUUCCGCCGUGAGGAAGCGCCAUGAAUAUUCAAGCUUUGACCAAGAAUCAGAGACCGUUGGGCGGAAGGAAUAUUCGGACAAUACGGACAAAGAACUGCUGAAUACUUCUGUACACGACGUAAAGCAUCGUUCAAACAACGACAUUGCAAAUAAAGAGAAACAAAAUAACAUGGACGAAAGAUCAGCAAAUGAGGAACAAUUGAAAAGUUCUUUCUCAUUCUACAUCCCCAAGCGAUUGAUAGUGACUGUUCUGCUGGGUAUAGGUCUAUUGCUAGUCUACUCUAUGCGAACAAAUGUUGGUGUCACUGUCAUCAUGAUUCUGGAUGAGAGAGCGUAUGAGAAAGUUGGCACUAUAGACGCCAUGAUAAAUAUUCCACAAGUGAACUGGGAUACUCGCAUGGUGGGUUUUCUACACAGUAUCUUCUAUAUAGGCUUUCUGAUUUCACAAGUACCCGGUGCUUUCCUUACUACAAUAUUACCAGCGCAAAAGUUGUAUGGCGGAUGUAUACUCACCUCAGCUUUAUUAAAUCUUCUGUUACCUGUAUGCAUAGAUAACGGCGAGUACUCUCUCGUCUGCAGUGUUAGAUGUGUGCAAGGUCUUGCCGAGGGUCUGUUGUAUCCAGCCUGCUACGGCGUGCUCAGGCACUGGUCUUCGCCAAGUGAACGUAGUAGACAGGUGUCGGCUGUUCUUUCAUGUGCAUAUGCGGGUGCAAUCGUUGGAUUUCCUUUAGCUGGAAUAAUUACACAUUUCUUAGGAUGGCAAUAUAUAUUUUAUGCAUCUGGAACUCUGUGUAUAGUAUGGUAUAUGUUUUGGUUGUGUUUGGUUUACGAGAAGCCCUCACAUCAUAAAUAUAUCAGUGAAGAGGAGUUUGAAUUUAUGGACAAAUCGCAGGGUGCUGAUGUCAUUGACUACCAGAAUGUUCAUGUGCCUUGGAGAAGUAUAGUGACGUCACUUCCUGUGAUUUCGAUAUGUCUGUGUCAUUUCGUGAGGUACUGGAUAUCUGUGCUGAUGUUGACAAACGAACCACUGUAUCUCAAUGAGUUUGGAUUCACCAUAGCUGAAACUGGCGUGUAUGCAGCAUUACCACACAUUGCGAAGGCGGUUCUGUCGUUCGCUAGCGGUUAUAUAGCUGACAGUCUGCUAAAUUCUAAUUUGUUAUCUACUGUGGUUGUAAGGAAGCUGCUAACGGGGAUAGGUUUUGGAUUACAAGCUACCGGUUUUCUAGUCCUCACUUUUCUCAACGAUGGUACGUCUGUUAUCAUUGUUUUGACAUUGACGAUUGGAGGCCUAGGCCUUACGACAUCAGGUUGGUCAGUGAAUCAUUAUGAUUUAUCUACACGUUAUGCAAGCAGUCUUGUGGCAGUGACGUCAGUUGUGGGGUCACUAGGUGCUAUCGCUGCUCCCCUUGCAACAGGCCACUUCACUAUGCAACAGACAAUCGAAAGUUGGGACAGUGUGUUUUAUCUGACAUCAAGUAUAAUAGCUGUUGCAGUCAUCUUUUAUCUUAUAUUUGGAUCAGGAGAGCAACAGCACUGGUCCAAUCCGCCAUCACAUAUUUGUCUCGUUCAGAAAAUAGACCCUCUUGCCAGAAAACCAUAUGGAACAUAUACGGUACAGAAGACUGAAAAAGCUAAAACAGAGUCAUUUGUGUCCGACGACAGUGCAAUAAAAAGACCAUAUAGUACUUAUACUGUACAGGGUAAUACUGCAAAUGAACAGGGCAUUAAAACGCACGAACUAGAACAUGACAAUGCUUCUUCAGAUUUAAACAAAGAUGAGCAGAAAAAUAUUUUUGAAGGUGAUGAUAAAACAAAAAUACAUUUAGAACCACAUAAUGCUCCUGAAAAAGAAGACAAUGACUCUGAAAAUGAAAGACAUGUAAGAAAUAACACAAAUGAGGAGAAAAAUACAGAGCCAAAUGUAGAAGCAGCACAGAAUUGAUUUGUUAGUUUUGUUACGAUUAUCUGAUGGAUCAGAAUUAACCGUAGUAUUCUUAAAGGUCCAAUACUAAGGAAAGUGAACAUUUUAAUUUCUUUUAAAAAGCACAGAAACUAUUUCAUUUUAUUAGAAAAUGAAAGUUGGUAUGUAGAAAUUCGAAAUAAAUCGCAGUAUAUGUACAAUAAUUUUUCUAUGAAGUAUGAAGAAAGUUAAAAAGACCUGGGGGGGUCAUUCUGUCGAUUCAUUGAAAUUUCAACAUAUUACACAUACAUUUCUUUGAGUUCCAAAGACCUUCUGUAAAUUUUGACCUGCCAAUCUUCAUUAUUUAGUGUCUUGCAGAAGUCUAUGCACUGGCUAUGAAAAAAAUUGCCAACUCACUUUCCCUUAGUAAUGGACCUUUAAAUAAAACGCACCGCAAAUGUUAUUUUUAAACGUUAUUAAUUGCUGUUUAACAAAAUAUAACAAACACACAUUUUAGUUAAGAAAAGUGUACCGAUAAUCUGUGUAAACAUCAACUUUACAAAGUAAUACAUAUGGACAGGCUGUCUCAAACAGGUGUAAUUACUUCGAUGACUGGUAAAUAACAAAUAAAGUUUAACAAGCUUAAAAGUUUUGUUUGACGUAAAAUGUACUGUUGAAUUAUGGCGAUAAAACGUUUAAAGUUUAAACGAGUGAAAUGUGGUUCCUCUGUUAUAUUGAAACAUGGCAUAGUGUUCUACAGAUAUUAAUGUCAUUUAAAAUCCACAAACACCUUUUGUGAGUAGCCGAGUUAUACAUAUUUAUAUCACAUUUCAAGUAAACAUUUUCUGUCGAGAUUUAAAACCUUUCAACAAAGUACAGUCAAAUGCAUCCAGUUAGAGUUGUUUAUUAUCAUUAUUAUUAUUAUUAUUAUUAUUAUUAUACAUGAUUAAUAUAGUUUAUUAUAGUUUUUCAUGAAAAAUACCAUAACUGUGGCAAACAAUUCAUGUUAAUCUUUACUUCUCAUGGAAAUAUAAAAUUUAUUCUGA